AGUACCGGAAAUGCGGAAUUCGGGGAGGGCUCGCACGCCUGGGCCGAUAGAAGUGGGGGUGGGGUGGGGCGAGCGUCACAGGUCCUGACAGGGAAGAAGUUGGCAGGUCCUGGCAGGGGACGAGCUGUGGCGGGGGCACCUCCGGGUAUGGAAGGCUCCAGUGAGAUGGAGUCGCGAGUUGCCGACAGUGGGGCCGGCGAGACUGCGCCAGCAGCGGGCGGGGAUCCGGCAAUUGGCUGCACCGCUCGGGGGCCCGUAGUCUCGGCGUCCCUGGGAGCCGCCCGGUGGAAGCUCCUGCGGCAGGUUCUGAAACAGAAACACCUGGAUGAUUGUCUGCGACAUGUAUCUGUAAGAAGAUUUGAAUCAUUUAAUCUAUUUUCAGUAACAGAAGCCAAAAAAAGGGAAACUGAAGAGGAGGUUGGUGCAUGGGUCCAAUAUACAAGCAUCUUCUAUCCUGAAUACAGUAUCUCCUUAAGGCAUAAUAGUGGAUCCUUGAAUGUUGAAGAUGUUCUUACCAGCUUUGACAACACAGGAAAUGUUUGCAUCUGGCCAUCCGAAGAGGUUUUGGCUUACUACUGCCUCAAGCACAAUAAUAUAUUCAGGGCCCUUGCUGUGUGUGAGCUAGGGGGUGGCAUGACAUGCUUGGCUGGGCUCAUGGUUGCUAUUUCUGCAGAUGUCAAAGAAGUUCUGUUAACUGAUGGGAAUGAAAAGGCCAUCAGAAAUGUGCAAGACAUCAUCACAAGGAAUCACAAGGCUGGUGUGUUUAAGACCCAGAAAAUAUCAAGCUGCGUUUUACGAUGGGAUAAUGAGACAGAUGUCUCUCAACUGGAAGGACAUUUUGACAUUGUUAUGUGUGCUGACUGCCUGUUUCUGGACCAGUACAGAGCCAACCUUGUUGAUGCAAUAAAGAGAUUACUCCAGCCCAGGGGGAAAGCAAUGGUAUUCGCCCCACGCCGAGGGAAUACUUUAAACCAGUUUUGCAAUCUAGCUGAAAAAGCUGGUUUCUCUAUCCAAAGACAUGAAAAUUAUGAUGAACACAUUUCAAACUUCCACUCCAAGUUGAAAAAGGAAAACCCGGACAUAUAUGAAGAAAACCUUCAUUACCCUCUUCUGCUUAUUUUAACCAAACAUGGAUAGAAGAUUAAGCUUCUCAAAGAUGAAGAAAAGUAUCAAGUGCACAGGGAAAAUUUUUACAAAAACAGAAAUCUAUAACGGGCAUCAUCGCCUGCCAGCUCCCUUUGCAGCAUUUCACGUGUGGGCUGUGGCCUCCACCUGUCCUCACCCAUACUGUUCCCCAGCUGCCCUCUCCAGAUCCCUCCCUGCCUCUUGUUACAGUCUGCUUGUUGCUCUUCCUGCCCUAAACCUUUAUUUGUCUUUAAAUAUGUAUAAGCCGCCUGCCUGAGACUUCAAUUUGACUGGUGAACAACCUAAAUAUUUUCCCCUCUAAUUGAGACAGAAUUUCUUUUGAUGAUACCCAUCCCUCCUUAAUUUUUUUUUUUUUUUUGUCUUUGUUCUGUGUUGGUGGUGGUAGUUUUUAAUCAGUAAAUCCAGCAAAUAUCACAAUUCUUUCCUGGUUAAAGAAAUAAAUAAAGCACAUCUUUAUAAUCUCUCUCCAAUUAAUUGUAUUAAAUCCACCAUCCCUUUCUCUGCCUCUCUCUCUCCUUCUUUUUUUCAUUUUAAACAGUAUGUUUUUUUCCCUAUAGAUGUAUAAGAAAUGACUACAUCAGCCCAAAGCCUCAUAAACUGACCGUUUGUCCUCUGGACACAAUAGCGUGGCCAGCCCUCUGCUCCUCCUCCCCAAUUAUGUGUGAUUAGUCUCAGUGUGCUGUGUCAAGGAGGGGGAGUGUGCUGAGUGCUUAUUAUCUGUUUAGGUACAAGAAGAGCACAUUUAGGCUCUGACUAUGAAUGAAAAGUGAGCCUUUAUCAGGGCUUAAAUCUCACUGCUGCUGUUCUCCAGGCCUCUUUCAAAAUAGGUCCUUCCCAGAGAAAUUUUGAAUAAAUGGUUGAUAAACUAGAUUGCAACCAGGGGGAGUUU